AUGUAUCUACCAUCUUUACCUUUUGAGAUCAUCAUCUCAAUUCUUUUGCUUCUCCCUGCUAAAGAGCUAAUCAAGUUCCUUGUUACAUGCAAAUCUUGGUAUGCUUUGAUAAAAAGUCAAGAAUUCAUCAAGAAGCAUCAUGAGACAUCAACUGUAACAGGUGAAAAUCAUAUUCUAUAUACUCAUAUCGAAACCAAUUCUGAAAAGACUUUUGCUUUGCUUAAUCACAAAACUUUUCACUAUGAGUCUGAUUUAAGAGUCUCCUUUGACUUACCAGACGCGUUGAAUAGUAUUAUUGUGAGUUCAGUUAAUGGUCUGAUUUGCCUCGCUGAUAUUAAUCGUUUUGGCCAUACAUAUUUGACUAAUCCAUCUAUAAACAAGUACUUGAUUCUUCCCCCUUCAAGUAUUUAUAGUGAUGAAUCUGAACUUCAAUUCAGACAAAUGUGUACUGGAUUUGGUUAUCAUGAAAGGACCAAUGAUUUUAAGGUUGUUCGAAUUGGAUUUAUUGACCAUGAUUGGUUAAUUGAAGAUUAUUAUGAAGAGCCAAUUACACCUCCUCGUGCAUAUGAUUUUGAGUGUAGGGCUGAGAUAUUUUCACUAAAUACCAAGGUUUGGAAAACACUGAAUUUGAGUCCUAAUUUUUGCUACAACAGACAUGACAUAUUUUCAGGAGUUGUUGUUAAUGAAUGUUUGCACUGGAAGGCUAUUAAGAGCAACACUUAUGAGGAUAAAAUGGUUAUUUUGUCAUUUCAUAUGGGGGACGGAAUAUUUCACGAUAUUGAAUGCCCAAUAUUUUCUGAUGAAGAGAGGAUUAAUCGAUUUAAAUGUUUUGGUGAGUUUAAAGGUAAACUUGGAUUUUUUACAUAUUGUCCAAUUGAGUGUUGGUAUGGGCCCGGGGAACAACCUUGUCACCUUUGGACGAUGGAGGAGUAUGGUGUGAUAAAUUCUUGGACUUGUCAGACUAUUAUUGUGCCAGGAAUGUCAAUUUGCAAGCCCUUGGCUUUUACGAGAAAUGGAGAAAUUAUAAUGAGAGAUAGAUCUGGCAAGAUAUUUUGCUGUGAUUACAACAAUAAUCAGCUGCUUGAUUUGAACAUACAAGAUGACAAGCAUGAUUUGAACUUUAUCAACUAUACUGAAAGCUUAGUUUUGGUUGAUCUUAAUGAUGAACCAAUGGAGGAUGAUGUUGGUGAAUUUGAUGAUAUGAGUAUAUGA